CAACGACAGAGUUAAAAAAAAAUAAUUUUCUAAAUUUUUUCCUUCAAGCGAUAUCAAAAUGAAAGAUGGUUCAAACAUUGUAUGGUGCUAUCAUGCUUGACUACCACCAGCCUCAUCUAGCAUGCGCCCGCUGACCGUAGUAAAUACCCACAAAGGUUCAAAAAAAAUAGUAAGCUCACGUCGACAGUCCCUUCAGAAUAAACCUUUACCAGCGGAUGCUCCUGCUCCCUCCAUGCCGUCUCCGGCUUCUCCCCAAGAGCAACCGAUGCCGCAGCCUCAGCAAGUAGGUGGCCAGCCACAGGAGAGUCAAGAACACUCUGCACCUCAGCAACAGCAUUCAUAUGGCGAGCUGCCAUACCCGCCACCACAUCAGCAACCCUAUUCUCCUCCGCCACAAGGAUACCAACAUUAUCCUCCCGCUGGACAAGGUCAAUAUCCAAAUUACCAAGGUCCUCCGCCUGCAGGAUUUCACCCAUCCCCUCCUUUUGGAUCCCCGGCGCAACCAAACCAAUACGCAUAUCCACAAGGUCCGCCCCAAGCUACCCCAACUUACCCUCAAGGGUAUCAACAACAAAGUCCUUCACCAUCUAGCCCAAAUGCCCCACAGGGAUAUUAUCAACAAGGACCACCAACAUCUGUUCCAAAUCCAGGACAAGGAUAUUAUCAACAAGGUCCCCCACCACCUCAUCCUGGCCAAACUUCACCCUACGGAUAUUAUCAACAGGCCCCACCACCACCCAGUCAUUCUGGUCAUCCGCAAAAUCAAUAUGUUCAGCAUCCAAAGGCAUUUUACGACGCCUAUGGUAUGCCAACGGACGAACUUCGCCGUUACACAACAGCCAUGUUCAAUUUUCUUGAUGCAACCUAUGCCCCCAAAAACACGGGUGCAAUUGAACAAAGCAAAAUCAAAUCAUUCAUGGAACAAGGCUUGGGGACUCCGAGAAAUAGAAAUAUUGGUUAUCUACCUCCCAACCAAAUGGAGGACUUCUAUAAUCACUUUGGAAUCAAAUUUACCAAAAAGCUGGCUCCACCCACUGUUGCCAAUGCUGUUAAUGUAGCAUCCAAGGUCUUCAAAGGUGCCAACUUUUUGGCGAAUGCCCUUGGAGGCGGCACUGGUUUCGGCGGUGGCGGCGGCAGCAUGUUGGGCGGCGGCAUGGGAGGAAGUUCUCAAGCAGCGUUGUUGAUUCCAGCCAUCGAUAAAGACGGGUUCAAUACUCUGGUCUCCAAUUUAGCAAAGAGAAACCCUAAUGGCAUGUUCAUCAAGCUCAAUGAAGUCAUACAGAAAUAUAGACUGAAUCUUCCACUCGUCGAGCGUAGUCAGUUACCUUUUGCGCCAGAUUCGCGCAUAGUGGAACAAUUCAACUCUUAUGAACAGAUAAUGCUAAUGAAGAUGCAAAUGCAGCUGAAAUCCACCCAAAUGAUGGCUAACUUGGCUGUGCAAGGUGCACACAACGUUCAACAAGCAAGUUUGCCUCCUGGAUAUUAUUACACCCGCAAUUGAAGCGAGUCAUUCAUAACAAGUGGUAGCUUAAAUUGGAAUUGAUUCGAUUUGUUAUUAGCGUAGUCUUCCACCCGACCUAUGGCGUACGGUGUAAUAGAUUUUUUUCAGUAUCCUUGAUGGAGACAGUAUUAUCGUAGCGACAGGCGGUCUUUACGAAUUUUUUGGUUGUAAUAUCUGCAGAUGAUAAACAUUGACUGAAAUUAGCUCAACCUA